GAGGUAAAGUCGGAAGUUCCACCCACCGCGCAUCAUCCUGGGGGAAAGAAACCGGCCUGUUUUCUGGUUUUGAAGCACUGUUUCGUCGGAGUUCCGAUCAUAGAUGUACAGGCUGAUCCACAUUUAAGGCUGAUGAUUGGAUGACAGUCCAAGGAAGAUGAUUGGUGGACUGUUCAUCUACAAUCACAAGGGGGAGGUGCUGAUCUCUCGAGUGUACCGGGAUGAUAUCGGGAGAAAUGCUGUGGAUGCAUUCCGUGUGAAUGUUAUCCAUGCUAGACAGCAGGUGAGGUCGCCCGUAACGAACAUCGCCCGUACCAGCUUUUUUCACAUCAAACGUUCCAACAUUUGGCUGGCUGCAGUAACCAAGCAGAAUGUCAACGCUGCCAUGGUGUUCGAGUUCCUGCUCAAGAUGUGUGAGGUCAUGCAAUCCUACUUCGGGAAGAUCUCGGAAGAAAAUAUCAAGAACAACUUUGUUCUGAUCUAUGAACUGUUAGAUGAAAUUCUGGACUUUGGCUAUCCUCAAAACACAGACACAGGCAUCCUGAAGACAUUCAUUACACAACAAGGAGUGAAGUCACAGAGUAAGGAGGAGACAAGUCAGAUCACAAACCAAGUGACUGGACAGAUCGGCUGGAGAAGAGAAGGAAUCAAGUAUAGGCGUAAUGAGCUUUUCCUAGAUGUCCUUGAAAGUGUCAACCUUCUAAUGUCACCUCAAGGCCAAGUGCUGAGUGCCCAUGUGGCUGGGCGGGUGGUCAUGAAGAGUUACCUCAGUGGGAUGCCCGAGUGUAAGUUUGGGAUCAACGACAAAAUCUUGAUGGACAGUAAAGGCAAGAGUAUGGAUGACCCAGGCAGGGGUGUCCAGAGUAUGCACAGGACCACCACGGGCAAGACGUCUAUUGCUAUUGAUGACUGUCAGUUCCACCAGUGUGUCAAACUGAGCAAGUUUGAGACAGAGCACAGCAUCAGCUUUAUCCCUCCUGAUGGUGAAUUUGAACUUAUGAGGUAUCGCACCACCAAGGACAUCAGCCUGCCCUUCCGAGUCAUUCCGCUGGUCAGGGAGGUGGGGCGACAGAAGAUGGAGGUUAAGGUUGUUGUCAAGUCAAACUUCAAGCCCUCUCUUCUGGCGCAGAAAGUUGAGGUCCGCAUUCCAACCCCUCUGAACACGAGUGGGGUGCAGGUGAUCUGCAUGAAGGGACGCGCCAAAUACAAGGCCAGUGAAAAUGCCAUUGUGUGGAAAAUCAAGCGUAUGGGCGGAAUGAAGGAAUGCCAACUUAGUGCAGAAAUUGAACUGUUGAACACCAAUGACAAGAAGAAGUGGACCAGACCCCCAAUCUCUAUGAAUUUUGAGGUCCCGUUUGCCCCCUCCGGCUUUAAGGUGCGUUACCUGAAAGUCUUUGAGCCCAAACUGAACUACAGUGACCAUGAUGUCAUUAAGUGGGUGCGAUACAUAGGUAAAAGUGGCCUGUAUGAAACAAGAUGCUGAUCUAGGCCACUCUUAGGAUAGCUAAAAGACUUGAGGCCUCUGGAAUACCUUAGAAGAGUUUAUAUGUGACUCUCAACAUGGUCAAAACUCCACUGCAUGUAUUAUUCCCCUUCCCCAGCCCUCCCUCCCCCUCUGCAUUUGUCUCCAUUUUUAUUGUAUGUUCUGUUUUGUGUUUUUCACAUUGUCGAUCAUUGGCACAAUUUGUAUAAGUCUGAAUCCUUAUGUAUUAGAUUGGUGUUAGACUUCAGAAAGUUGAGCCUUUGGAGUUCACACUGGAUUAUAAAAUAUGCUAUGCCUGUUGUUAUGCCCAGUCUAGAUAAAAGCUUACAUCAGCUUUGUUAUUCCCGGAUGUAAACAGAGCUCUGUCUUGACUUACCAGAUAACUGCCCUACAGACAUCUUCAUCUGUCUUGAGAAUUAGACUGCACACACUUAGAGGUUGCUCACAAUUUGAGCAUGCAUUGCAUGUACUGAUAGAUGCUGCGGAAAGGGAACAGUUGGUUCCUGGCGGUUUGUAUGGCCAGUACCUAUCUAAAAGUCAAGAACAGAAGGAAACCCCUAUGUCUUAUAUGGUAGCACGCAUUACUGCCUGUUAGGCGUGGUGGAAGUAACGAGGCCAUGUGCAACCAUGUACACCUGAAAACGUAUUAGAACCGUGUGCGGGGUGUGUAUUAGAUGGACACGCCCAUAUUAUCUAUUGUUAGGGGAGAAUAUAUUACUUACUGUUAAAGGUCAAAUUCAUUACGUGUAUGUAUAUGAAAGUAGUUCAUGUUUUUGAUAAGGAGUUGUCCUCCACUUAGAACUCAUUUGCUGAUUAUUUAUAAAUGAUCAUUGGCUGUAAAAAUACAUUGGUGUAUUAACAUAGUAACAACUUUGUUAGUUGCUAUGGUCAUCAACUUGGUAUGGAAGUGGUGUCCGUUGUGAUUGGACGAAAGUUAGGCAGAGUCAGACACCAAAACGCAGUUAGCAUAGUGAAAUUGUGCCUAAUCGUGGACAAACACAUUUCAUACAUGUGGAGCGAAGAAAAUGGUCAGUCUAGGUUAUCUUAAACAUUGUUAUUGUGGCUAUAAUUAAGGUGGAAUAAAAAUUAUGUUAAAGAAUGAUUGUGUUUUAUCAGGAGGUAAAAUGCGACCUGUGCGAGAAAGUUGGGGUUAUUAGCCUGUAGAUUGAAGAGCCCUGGAUGUUUUAUUCCUCGUUCUUAAGGAUAAAUUAAGCUCAUCGUUUGGGACUGUACUUUUGGUUGGUCGCGUCGUUUUAAGUGACUAAAGAAAGACGACGUGAACAUCGCAAGACC